AUCCCUCUCCAUUUCAACUCUACGAAUACUAUCAGGAUGCAAUGAAAACACUGUUUACUGGUGCCCCAGCCAAAUAACUGAGCCCUGUGAAGACACAUGUAAUGGGACUACAUUUACUCAAGGCAACUGCUUAGCUGUCUGCAUCAAUGCAUCCAAAAUAUGCACCAAUAAUUUUACAACCCUUCCUUGUGACGAUGUUAAUUUCCAGCCCAUGUAUGUCCUCAGUGUGAAUUUUACACAAAAUAAAAAUUAUACUGUCAGCUGUAACACAUGUAAUUUGACAACCACCACAGCAACUACCAAUACUACACCAGUGCCCUCAACUGCUACACCAGCAUCCACACCCACAAGUACUACACCAAUGCCCUCAACUGCUACACCAGCAUCCACACCCACAAGUACUACACCAGCAUUCACACCCACAAGUACUACACCAGUGCCCUCAACUGCUACACCAGCAUCCACACCCACAAGUACUACACCAGUGCCCUCAACUGCUACACCAGCAUCCACACCCACAACUGCUACACCAGCAUCCACACCCACAACUACUACACCAGUGCCCUCAACUGCUACACCAGCAUCCACACCCAAAAGUACUACACCAAUGCCCUCAACUGCUACACCAGCAUCCACACCCACAAGUACUACACCAGCAUUCACACCCACAAGUACUACACCAGUGCCCUCAACUGCUACACCAGCAUCCACACCCACAAGUACUACACCAGUGCCCUCAACUGCUACACCAGCAUCCACACCCACAAGUACUACACCAGUGCCCUCAACUGCUACACCAGCAUCCACACCCAAAAGUACUACACCAAUGCCCUCAACUGCUACACCAGCAUCCACACCCACAAGUACUACACCAGUGCCCUCAACUGCUACACCAGCAUCCACACCCACAAGUACUACACCAGUGCCCUCAACUGCUACACCAGCAUCCACACCCACAACUGCUACACCAGCAUCCACACCCACAAGUACUACACCAGUGCCCUCAACUGCUACACCAGCAUCCACACCCAAAAGUACUACACCAAUGCCCUCAACUGCUACACCAGCAUCCACACCCACAAGUACUACACCAGUGCCCUCAACUGCUACACCAGCAUCCACACCCACAAGUACUACACCAGUGCCCUCAACUGCUACACCAGCAUCCACACCCACAACUGCUACACCAGCAUCCACACCCACAAGUACUACACCAGUGCCCUCAACUGCUACACCAGCAUCCACACCCAAAAGUACUACACCAAUGCCCUCAACUGCUACACCAGCAUCCACACCCACAAGUACUACACCAGUGCCUUCAACUGCUACACUAGCUUCCACCGCCCCCACGUGUCAUUGUAAUUUCACUGAGGAUCUAAAUAUGUUUCCAAAAAUGAUUCAAGCAGCAGAAAAGAACUGUGGAAGUGACAUCAAGUCAAAGUGUGGAGUCUCUUUGAAAUUAAAAUCUUCUUUAAUGAAACUUUUGGAUGACGACGAAGGUUUCAAUGAGUCCAUCAAAAUAAUCGAUACAGAUGUUAUGAAAGGGCUUGUGGUGAAAUCCAACACCAGUGACCUUAAAGACAUGCUGUUUGACUUUUCUGCACAAGGAGUCUAUGAAACAUCAAGACCUACAAAUAAUUUUACAGGAUCAAUAAAGAUUUCAGUGGAAGCAUUGAGGAAGAAUAGCACAGGAACAAAUGUAAAAGUUGCUGUUGUCAGUUUUGCUCCCAUAUAUUUUCAGGAUAACAACAUUUUAAUUUCAAGUGCUGAGGUGAUUGGGAUUGAAAAGCAGAGUCCAGUUUCCAAUCUCACAGAUCCUGUAACAAUCUCAUUUCCCUACAAUUCACAAAACAAUUCUACUCUUCGAUGUGUAUUCAGGGACAGAAAAGACGGCAAAGAUUUCUGGAGUGAAACUGGGGUUGAAACUGUUUAUGAAGAAAAUAAAAUCAGUUGCAGAAGUUAUCACUUGAGUUUCUUUGCUGUACUAGUGAGCCCCGGUAACAUUACUAUCAGUGCAGAGGCCUUGAAAUCUCUGACCUAUAUCUCAUACAUCGGCUGCGGGAUUUCCUUCUUUUUCUUGUGUGUGGUCCUGUUCAUGCACUGCAUGUUGAGGAAAGCCAAAUCCAAUAAUACCACCUCAGUCCUCAUAAACUUGUGUGCUGCUUUGGCCUUGCUAAAUCUCACCUUCCUCCUUAAUGAGUGGCUGGCAAACAUGAAUAACAAGGGACUCUGUAGUUUCAUCGGAGGCACCAUGCACUAUGCCCUGCUCUCCACCUUUACAUGGUUUGGAAUUGAAGCUUUCCACUUGUACCUGCUGAUGAUAAAGGUCUUCAACAUUGAGAUAAAGCAUUAUCUGAAGAAGCUGGCUGUUGUUGGCUGGGGACUACCAUCGCUAGUUGUCAUGGUGAUUGGAAGUUUGGGCAAGUAUGGAAAAUACAGCAUAUCCACUAAGGAUGGGAAGUCUGUUUACAUGUGUUGGCUGAUGGAUCCUGUAGCCCAGUACAUCACCAUCAUUGGCUACUAUGCAGUGCUGUUUGUUUUUAAUCUGAUGAUCUUCGCUGCAGUGGCAGUGAGAAUCAUUCGUCUGACAAAGGCUGGUCCUGACUCACAAAAGGGUACUGUCAAGAAAAAUGCAUGUAUCCUGCUUGGCCUGUGUUGCUUACUGGGCAUAACAUGGGGAGUGAUGUUCUUCAGCUUUGGACCCCUCCAGGAGCCUUCAUUUUAUAUCUUUUGUAUCCUGAAUUCCCUGCAAGGUGUCUUUCUGUUCGUGUGGUACUACAAUUCAAGCCAAAUUCCCAAGCCAUUGGACCCAAUCAGCCAGAAGCCUGACAACACUUCCAGCAACACUAGCACAGAUACAGGGAGACCUUGUUAAACACAUGUCUUCUCAACCAUGCGUUGAAGACAUAGUAGGGCUGGGAUGAGAUGGUUUUCUUAUGAAGGUUUGGAUUCACAGACCUCGAUUAACACUACCUUACUACUGCAUUAGAUGCUCCAAGAUUAGUGUUAAUCAGGGCCUGUGAAACUCAUCACAAGAGUUCAUCUUAACCCAAGGUAAAACUUUUUGCACAAUAUUACCCUAACCCUUUUCUGAUACAAUUGUAUACAUACAUAUAUUGUGCAAAAAGAUUUAUAAAUUAAGUACAUGCAUAAUACCACUGCAAUUAUGUGUAAGUACACAUGUAUUUACUAAGUAACUACUAUGUAAAGACACCAUAAUUAGAGACACUUCGUGUGAACUUUAUCACCAUGAUAUAUCUAAUUAAGCUCCUAAUAAACCCUGAAAUGGCUUUACCGCUUAUCAUGAAAAAUGUUCAACCGCUCUGAAAAGCCCUAAAGAUUAAUAUGUAAAAAAAAAAUGUUUACCAAGCCCAGUAUACACAAGGAAACACUGCCUUUGUCCAAUCGGGAGAGAUUCAUUGAUCAUGUGACUAUGGAAGAUGGCGUGGUUUAGAUAAAAUACAUUAUUUUAUUGAUGUACACUGACAGACCAUGUCUGUGCAACGUAAAAAGCAAACAAUACCAUAACCGUAAUCUUAAAAAAAAAAAAAAAAAAAUCCAUUCCUCCAUUUUCAGACUGUGUAGAGAGCAUUUUCCUCUGGUAUGCCACAUGUGUGGUCCAGUGGUUAAAGAAAAGGGCUUGUAACCAAGAGGUCCCCGGUUCAAAUCCCCCCUCAGCCACUGACUCAUUGUGUGACCCUGAGCAAGUCACUUGUGCUCCGUCUUUUGGGUGAGACGUAAUUGUAAGUGACUCUGCAGCUGAUGCAUAGUUCACACAUCCUAGUCUCUGUAAGUCGCCUUGGAUAAAGGUGUCUGCUAAAUAAACAAAUAAUAAUAACAUUUACUGAAUGAAUACUUAAAAAAUAUAUAUAUAUAUACUAUAUAUAUAUAUCAUACUAAAAGUACAGUUUGUUUUAACUACAUAUUUUACAUUUAAAUACUUCAGUCAACCAUAUACAGUACCAUGCAAUACUGUACUUUUAACUUUUAACUAGGUUCCUAUCAAAGAUGAUGUAGCAUAGACUUGUAGUCAUUGUAGACGUAUUCAAUAUUAAGUUGUGAUUUAUUUGAGGUGGAAAAUGAACUAGAAAAUAUAUAGUUACUUUUCAGACCUUUUUAUUUUAAUAAUAGAACACUCGCAAUCAAGCUUUACUUAGAGAAUGCUUGAAUACUCCAUGCUGUAUAGUUAGCUAGCAGUUGUUAUUUUUAUUACAAUUAGUAGUAAUGUUUAUAUCUACAGGAGUUUACAGUGUUAUUAUUUUACAGUUGUCAUGGGAUAGUAAGACUGUAGUUAAAAAGCACACACAUCUUCACCGCCUUCAUCAAGGACAUACCAGCAAAAAUGCAAACAGAUUCCAAGAGAAUAAAAAUGUAUUCAACAAGAAAAUAUUGCAAAACUGAGAAAAUAAACUAUGAAUGUACUGACAAACCGCAGAAACCAUGGCGAUUCAUUUAGCACUGUGUAAUGAAUAGGAAUCUCAACACAUUAAAUGAAAAGUCAAGGUCUGGACACCAUCUGCAAACCAUACAGUUUAAAGACAAACACCUUAUCAUUCAACUGAAGAGCAAGCUCUAUAGUGGAGAGGUACAUGUCUUCUGCUGAUGUCAGUAUUAUUAACUCAUCAGCCACUAUGAGGAGAUCCAUUACAACUGAGUGCUGGAGACAAGAAGUAACUUCUCUCUUGUGAAAUAAAAUUACAGUCUUAUCAGGUGUGCUUUAUUAUUAUUAUUAUUAUUAUUAUUAUUAUUAUUAUUAUUAUUAUUAUUAUUAGACGUAGUAGUAGUAGUAUUACAAAUAAUCAUAUACCUUUUUGAUAUUAUUAGUAGUAAUUAUGUUUUACAUCAGUAAUUUAUACAUGUUUUAAUAAAGAUAUAAUAUAUUACUUUUGUAAUUAUUAAUGAGAUUUGGAAUAUGGAAUUCAAUUAUG